AUGGACCUCCUCCCCCCUCGAUGGGCAGAUAUAUCAGCUGAGAUUACCGACUUGCUCUCUGAGAUUGCGACCAAGGGGCAUAGCCUCGACAAGCUUCACCAGAAGCAUGUACUGCCAGGAUUCAAUGAUGACGAUGCCAAAAAGGCAGAAGAGCAGAAAAUCGAAAAGCUCACACACGAGAUAACAAAGGGGUUCCACGAAUGUCAUCGCUGCAUACAGCGCAUUGAACAGAUGGUGCGCGAGUCCAGACAGGCUGGUACGAUCAGUAACGCCGAGGAAACCAUGGCAAAGAACAUUCAGAUAUCUUUGGCCACAAGGGUGCAGGACGCUAGCUCGAGAUUUCGGAAAAGACAGAGCGCUUACCUCAAAAAACUACGCGGCAUGGGCGGCAUGGGGCCUCUCUCACCUGGAGAACGUGCCUCGACACCGCAGCCUGGCGGCUCCUACCUGGAUCCUUCGAUGCAAGAGUCUGACGCCGAUCGAGUAUUUUCACAGUCAACAUUGCAAGCACAGCAGCAAAAGAUGCUGCAUUCAAACGAUGCUGUAAUUGCCCAGCGAGAGCGUGAGAUAGAAGAGAUUGCGCAAGGCAUUAUUGAGUUAUCAGAUCUCUUCCGAGAUCUACAAACUAUGGUCAUCGAUCAAGGCACCAUGCUGGACAGAAUCGACUACAACGUGGAGCGCAUGCACACAGAUGUGAAAGAGGCAGAUAAGGAGAUCAAGGUUGCCUCCGGGUACCAGCGAAGAACAACAAAGAGGAAGAUCAUUCUACUUCUCUUCCUGUUAGUCGCGGGUCUCUUCAUUCUGCUCCUCAUCAAGCCCAAACGGCAUUGA